UUUUUCUUUCUUUUUUUCCCCAAUUGUCAAUAUGGUUGGAAGUUCACUUUUAGUGGAUUUAAGAAAGAUGUGCAUAGUUCUCGUCAGUUAGCAUUUUUCUUCUGACUUCUAGAGGGGGCUUGUUCAUUUCAACCUGAAAGGCUGCAAGGGAUGUACUGUGCAGUAUUAAAAAUGACAUCUAUUUUAUUGAAUCAAGAACUUUUGAACUUCACUUGCUGAAUUGGCCUAUAGAUCUGAGUACAAAGUCUGAUGUGCAUGUGCAGAGUAAAUGCAGAGGAUUAUUUUAGUACCUGUGAAUGUAUCUAUAUGUAGGUAAUGGAUUAAUACCUACUGUAAUGGUACAUUGUGCAAACAUCAGGUGACCAACAGAUAAGACACAAACCCAGACCCAGUAUAUUUUUUUUACUAAAGAGGAAUUCAUGCAUGCUGGUCAAAGAAUAUAAUUGCCCCCAACACCCUGACCUGAAGACAUCUCACAAUCACCAUGUCAACCCCAGAAGAGAUGCGGGCCGAAAGGCAGCCCUUUCUGCAUAAGUCACAAAGUCUGAAACCACAGGUAGACUUCCCUGUUGAUGGUCACGGCAAUGAGAGUCUGGAGAGAGGGAGACAGGAGGAGGAAAGGAACGCUAACCUGACCCUGUCGACAGAGUCACGCCUCUUUACCUCACAUUCAACCACUCCUUUUCCAAGUAAACUAACUAAUGGCCAGACAUUGAUGCAUGUGAUCAAAGGAAGUCUGGGAACAGGCAUGCUGGGACUUCCUUUUGCCAUCAAGGAAUGUGGCAUUGUGCUGGGUCCUCUCCUGCUCUUACUGAUUGCCUUCAUGGCUGUGCACUGUAUGCUUAUUCUAGUCAGGUCUUGCCACAACCUAUGCAGCAGAACAUCUCACGUGUCUUUAGAUUAUGGAGAGGUAGCUGAAGCAGCUCUUAAAGUAGGCCGUAUACCAAGGUGGCUCAGAGAAAGACCCGGUAUAGGAAGGAUAGUGGUGAAUGUUUUUCUUGUUAUAACACAGUUUGGAUUCUGCUGUGUCUACUUUCUUUUCAUAGCAGAUAAUAUACAUGCGGUAUAUGAACAGUUUUAUCCGCACUCUGUGCCUGAUGAAAAGGUAUUUGUUCUGAUGGUAGCCCCAAUGAUCAUCUUGCUAGUCUACAUCAGAAACCUGGAUGACUUCGCCCCUCUAUCGACCAUCGCCAAUGUCCUCUCAUUUGUUGGAAUUGCCAUUUUAUUUGAGUAUAUGCUGACACAUUUUGGCCAUGGUAGUGGAAAAGCUCCGCCUUUUAAAUUAAGUGAGCUGACUUUUGUUGGUGAUGUAGGAGGCAUCGCAUUCUUCUUUGGCACUGCAAUGUACUCAUUUGAAGGCAUCGGUGUGGUAUUACCGUUAGAGAACAAGACUCAGCACCCAGAGGACUUUCCCAAAGUGCUCAAGAUCGGGAUGGUGGUAGUAGCCUUCCUCUACAUCGCUACAGCUACCUUAGGCUAUCUAUGCUUUGGGGAUGAGCUAGCAGACACUGUCACAAUCUAUCUUCCUGAUAAUGGUUUAUAUACUGCAACUAAGCUGCUUUUUGUUGGUGCCAUCUUUAUAUCAUAUGGACUACAGUUCUAUGUACCGCUCAGCUUUGUGUGGCCUCCCAUAAGAAAUAGGAUACCCCAGGAGAGAUACCACACGCUGGCUGAGUAUGUCUUCAGAACAAUAAUCGUCCUUAUCACAAUGACCCUUGCCAUUGCUAUCCCACAACUUCCUCUCUUCAUCUCCCUGGUCGGAGCCAUGGCAAGCUCCACCCUCGCCCUCAUCUUCCCUCCUGUCAUAGAGGAGCUCACGUUUAGUUACCAUGGAUACGCAUCAAAAGCAUCCAUCCUCAGACUGGUUAAAAACGCUUUCAUCUGUUUAUUUGGUUUGAUUGGAUUUGGGGCAGGUACAUUUGUUUCUAUUAAAGGUAUUGUAGAAAAGCUUUGAAAAUAUGAACAGUACAUGUACAUGUAGAAUAUACAUUAAAGCUAAUCUUGAGCUCUGGUAUGGGGAUCGUAUUUCGAGAGAAAAUUGCUAUGAUUUAUUCUGGAUUGUUUAUCCUGCAGUAGAUUGGUUGUUUGAACCAAUGAAAUAAAGACAUACGCACAAAAACGCAU